CAAAAUUCGAUUUAUGAAAAUCAAUAGUUAUCAAAUUAGACAUGUUGCGAUGAAGUUGUAGAAAAAAUUUCAAAAUCUUUUUCGAAACCUUUUUCAAAAUUGAUGUAGUCUAACAAUAGUUCAUUUUAACCGGUUUUUGGUUUUGUUAAAAUUGCCCGUUUUGGGCGUAGUGUUGGAAAAAAGAUUUUAGUAAAAGAAGAAAUAUGGCGUUCGUUUGUCCCGAAAAGUGUGAGAGGCGGAAAUCGCUCCUUGGACAACUGAAGGACUUGGUGAAUAACAUCGAUGACAAAUGUUGUACUCCAUGUAUACCGUGUCCACCGUGCGUACCACCAGCCCCUCAUAAUCCCGGUCACGAGGGACCAGUAAUUGAAAUAUACGAUCCUUUACCCAAAGCUUGCCUUCCUGUUUGCAGUCCUCCUGGUUGCCCACCACCAUGCGGACCGUCUGGAGAUUGUCCACCACCUGGUUCGCCGUGCUGCCCACCACCCGGAAAAAUGGAACCUGUACCGAUGAUUUACCCACCUCCUGGACCUCCACCGUGUGUACCCCCUUGUUUACCGAUUUGUACUCCGACGCCCCCGCCAUGUGUACCAGUUUGCAACCCAAAUCCAGAACCACAACCUUGUGUACCAUGUAACCCACCGCAAAUGAUGGUGUGUUAUCGAUUACCACAGAAAGGCAUUGAUUUGAAAGGAUGCAAAUCGAGAGAAUUACGAGCCAGUAUUUUGUACAUGUCUUGUGAUUGCAUUAAGAGAAAUGGAUUGCAAGAUGAUUGCCCCAGAUGGGAGUGUCACGGAGCUUGCGAAUGCUUAACUUUACCAGAUCCGAGUUGUUGUCCCGGGAGAUGCGCAAUAGUACACCGAGAUGGACCAUUUGUACAUAGGAAGAACGGAUUGGAGGAAUACCAAUGCUAUCCUGCAUACGUCAAGAUGCCUGGUGGUCCUUCACCAUGUUCUCCACCGAUUGUACCAGCUCCUGGAUGUCCACCAGGCGGUCCAUGUGUACCUUUAGUUGCGAAACCGCCUUGCCCACCACCAAUUUGUCCCUGUCCACCUCCCGCAUUACCAAUUGGAAAUGUUAUCCCUAUUAUGCCUGGUUGUCCCAUGCCAUGUUGUCCACCGUGUUGUCCUCCUUGUUAAAUGUUAAUAUGUCACGUAUGUCUAUUGUAAGUAAUUGUGGUGAGACUUAUUUGCAUUGUGAAGGUGUAACAAACGAAGCCAUACCAAAAGUAUUUAAAAGAUCAAUGUCAUUGUGUUUUAUGUAUUGUGGUCAAUAAAAAAAUAAAGAGGUGUAAAAAAUUUA